AUGACCUCCAUCGCCUCAUCGCUCAUCCGCUCGUACCGUAUCAUCCAACAAGGACUUCUGUCCGCAGUCACUCGUAACAGAACCUUCAACCCCCAACAGGUCUCGAGAGGCUUAGUCGCUAAACACCACCCGGUCGUCCUCCAAACCCCACCUUCAACCAUCCUCUCCGGAUUCUUUCGUCCUCUUGGAUCUCUUCCCAUUGCUGCGUCUGGGACGACUGCUCUUCCUUUUUCUUCCAACCCUCAUUACUCCGGGUUUCAAAGUUUUGCCCAUCAACGCACCUUCCAGUCGUCCCCAUUCCGGACCUUCACUCCCGAACCCAGAAUGAGCCUCCAAAGAGAGUUGGACGGCGGAAAGAGCACAAGGAUGGCGCAUGAUCACGCUCCCCAGCCCGUCACUGUCCCUCUCGUAGACGAGAUCGUCCAUGAUCACGUCGCCGCUAGGUUCGCGUUUCCCGCGCCCUCGGUCGAGUACUGAAAAUCUCCUCGAUUGCCCUUACCCCUUCGCCGCUCGAGAGUGCUGGAUCUCACCAACGGCCAUAUUUUUCCUUCGUGUCUCUUUCUGGUGCCCUCAUUGUACUUACAUCUUCAUU